AUAUGUAUAUAUACAAAUUAAAAAAUAAUCAAAUGAUGCGCCAUCUUGCGUUAUAAGAUAAAAGGAGAUCGAAAGGAACAUCGGGAUUGGUCGAUAAGUUUGGCGGCCUAGCGUCUAUCCCCUCCACCAAUAGCCGAGCGAGAUCGGGCCGCCGCAUAACAACUCAGCGUCGCGGCACAGUAGCGAAGUGUCUGUUGGCACGAGUACAUUUGGCGGUUUUUAAUAUUCUUUAGUUUAUCGGUUGUCGCGUCGUUAUACUUUCGUUCAACUUAUUAUUGUUUAAUUUCGUUAUCUAUUAUUUUCGUAAAUAAACCGGUAUCGCGUAAGAUAAAUAUUAUGUGGUCGCAAAGUUCGACGAUAUAUUCAAAGAAGCGCCGAUCGUCCAUCGUCCUCCUUCGUUUCUGUGUUUGAAGGAAGAACGAACGCAUGCGGUGCUCCGAUACAUCCUGACGCUACCGGUGCCUUUUGCCGAUUUUCAAACCGUUUGGAUUUUUUAAAUCGAUUCUUCUGUAUCUUUUGCUGCAUCCAUUAAUCAACUAAUCUACUCCUCCUUCUCGUCAUCUAAGCAAUGGCGAACGCUGGUCUUGAAGUACGAGAAGCUGGCCGGGCGUUACGAGUUCAAACGGAAGCACCGCAUCUUGUGUCCACGGGAAGCGGACGAUUGUCGACUGCAGUGACCUUGCAUCCUUUACCUGAAGGUAGAAUUACUCUUGGAUCGAACAGGGAUGCUGAUAUUCCAUUGGCUGGUACAGGAGUUGAAUCCAUUCAUUGCGCGAUUGAAAACAAUAACGGUGUGGUCACUCUUCAUCCCAUAAAUGGAAACACGGCUAUCGAUGGUGUCCCGAUAAAUUCAUCUGUGCGACUUGUUCAAGGUUGCAUGCUGUCGAUUGGCAGAUCAAAUUACAUGCGCUUCAAUCACCCUGCCGAGGCCAAGCAACUCCGAUCGGUACUGCCACAAUCAAGAAUUUCCAUGGCACCCAUAAGCUUCUCCCUACCUGACAAUCAACUUCAGGAGGGCUGUCACUUGGAAAGAAAGCCACCGGUUGCGCCAAGAAAGUCACCAAGGAAUUCAUGUUCUGACGAUGAAGUUGGCUUCCUUGGGAAGUUAACGAAAUUUGAGAUGUUGUCGAAGCAAAACAGAAACAACUGCGUAUCGCCGAAAGUAUUUCCAGCAGGUGGUAUUACGACCAACGUUCCGGCCGAUCAGAUUUUAGGACACUCGAGAACACCGACUUCCUCGGCAAGGAACAGUUCCAAUUUGUCGAGCAACAAUAAUUCGCCGCUUCAAAAUUUGACGAAUUUAGACAGAAGCCGUUCGAAUACACCGUCUUUCGUUACGUCAUCCCCAAAUAAUCAUUCCUUCGAAGACAAUCGUCAGUCAACAGAAAGUAAUAAAAAUCAUAGCAGAUCUAACACGCCUAAUCAAAACUCACCGAUGUUAGAUCACAAUCGUUCAUUGCCUUAUCAAAACUCACCGACCCUAAAUCGUAAUCAAAUACAAAUGUUCUCGACGGCUGAAACUUAUUUAAAAACUUACAAGCCGUAUUAUCGCGAAAAUAAAAGUGAGAACGAUCAAGGUUCUCAGAAUUAUGUUAUGCCACGAAAUUCAGCCUCUCGUACGGAUCUAAUGUCUCGUAGUAUGAUGUGUCAGAGAUCUAAUGAUUUGGAUGAUCUCGGAGUUGGUAGGGAAUUUGACAUGAGUCAGAGUUUGAUUGUCACCAAAACCACUACGGAAUAUUUACAAUUGGAGAAAUUUGGAUCAAAUUCAAACCUUUGUAAUGGUUCGGUGACACCAAAUCGUUGUAACAAUAGCGUCAGUAGUAACAACACCACCAGUGGUGUAAUUAGGAACGCAGUUGGUCCAAAUUUUGGUUCGAGUCCAAAUAUCAUUAAAAGGAUUCAACCACCGAGUCCAGCGUUUAAUCGUAAUCCCAAAUACAGUGGUGAACAAAAUAGGCCAUAUACUCGUGUUAAAAGUCCAACACCGAGCAUAGGAAGUGGUUGUUCGUUGGAGGAACUUCGUGAACGGCAAAUCGAUGCUGAAAACAAACGUCGUGAGGCUGAGAAUAAAAGAAAAAAGGCGCAAGAAGAAAGAUUAAGAGAACAGGAAAUUGAAAGACAAGAGAAAAUGAGAUUGGAAGAAAUUUUGGCUAUGUGCGCGGAAUACGAAAGACAAAGUACCCUCGAUAAACCUAGACAACCUAACAGAAUCAAAACGAAUGGUUCUCUUCCACGAGACAAACGAUUAGGAGGCGGCUACGCAUCACCGUACGAAAGCCCAAAAAGUCCAUCGAAGAAUCAACCACAUUUUUCUUUCGAAUCCCCAAAACAACAACCGUCAACGAAUAAUUACGAAAACGUGACAGUACAAAAUUCCAAAAUGAUCUAUCAAAAUAAUACUUCACCCAUCGAUCAAAAAGAUCAAAUACCACAAAAAUUGGAUAGUCCAAUAAUUCAAGAUACAGCGAUUCAACAAACUAUACCAAAUCAUAAUAACAACAAUAAUCAAGCUACCACCACCAAGUGGGCGAAUAACACAAGUCAUAGUUUUUCUAAUUCGAUUUCACAAGCCCGUACACCAAAUUACGAAAAUAUCACUUUCGAUCGUACCGCAGUUAAUAACAAUAAUAAUAAUAAUAAUAAUAAUAAUAGUAACAAUAACAACAACAGUGACGAACGUGAAAGUACAAAAGAAACUUCGACUUAUGGAACGAUUCAAUUAAACGGUACGAAAAUUUCGACUCAACAGCAAACAACUUUGGCACAAAAUUACGAAAGAUUCGUGUCUUCAAAUGGCAAUUUGAGUUUGUACGAGAACGUAAUCGUGUCUUCCAUAUCACCAGCAUCAUCGAUGCCAAACAACACUCCUAAUCAUCAUAACAACAAUAACAGUAGUAAUAACAGUAAUAAUAACAAUAACAAUAAUAAUCAAAAUCAUUCCAUGCCAAAGAAAAAUGGUCAACUUUCUAAUUCGUGUGAAAUGAUAGAAAACAAAUUGACGAUAUCGAACGAUGAUCUUCUCGAAGCUAUCGAGCAAUUGUCAAUGUUGUCAAAAUCCAAAGAAAUUUGUACCACGCCGAAAAGAAAUAAUUCCGAGAAAGAUAACGCGAAAUCGAACGAGGCUAAGGCCGAUAAAGAAAGGAAGGAAUUGGAAGAGGAGGAUAGAAAAAAGUACAUCGAAUUUUUGCAAAACGAAAAACUUCAUAUUCUCAGUAACAUGGAUGCUUUGAAGAGAAGCGUUGCUGAUAUUGAAAUUCAAGAGGAAGAAAUUAGCAGAGAGUUGGAAUUGGAAAAGGCACUCUUAUCGGCUGAAUACGAAUCGGAAUCUUUAAAAUUGACACAAGAGGAGAGUGAAAAGAUAAAGGUCCAAAUGAGGAUCAAUGAACUCGAAAGAGAAAUGGCCGAGGAUAAUACGACCCAAGCAAAAUUACAGACAGAGGCUAAGCAAAGAGUACAGAAAGCUCAACAAGCUUACGCUAGAUUAGAAGAAGAAUUAACGCGUUCCAUGGAUGAAAUGAGGCAGCAGGACAUUGGUGAAAAGUUGGCAGCUCAGCAGGACGUCCUUGAAACCGAGAGGAAAGCUUUCGAGGAUUUAGAAUUCCAUCAUCUGGAAGAGGAAGCGAGCAAACUUGCUACCAGAGAGGAAUUGCAAAGGUAUUUGAGCGAGUUAACGUCGAGAAUAGAAACGAAGAAAGCUCAAUUAAAUAAUUUGGAGUCUCAACGAUCGGAAGCCAACAAUAUAGCGACAAAAGAUGCUAGAAGCCUUGAGAGACAAAAGUUAGGCCAUUUGAAACGAUUGGAAGAAGGAAGAAAUAGAUUGCGAACCAUCAACGAUGAACUCGAAAACUUAUUACAAAAUUCGUGCGAUAAUUGCGAAGAGAAACGAUCACCGAGCAGGGAAGAUUUCGAUAGAAUCUCCAGAGUCACCAUUGACUCUCCCAUAGUAAAUAAUCAGGGCAGCUUAGGUAGAAAAACUAUCGAGUCCCUCAAGGAAAUUGAGAGAAAUCGACAGCUUCAUUUAGCGAAACAAGGUAGCCAAGUGAUUUCUGAAGAAAGAAGAAGAGUCGAAGAACUCAAAAGACGCGUUCAAGACGAAGUACGUUCUCAAUGGGAAGAAAGAAAAAUGAAUUGUGCUUCCUUUAAUAGUGUCGAAUCAGGUGAAGAAUCUUCGAGUUAUUCAACAGGCUUAACGGAAAGUGGUAGCGGGAGUAGCGACGGAGCUGACGGGGGAACCGGUGAGAAAUUAUCACCGAGUAAACUUUCGGAACUCACUUCGCCAAGUCCAGGACCAUCUAACAACUCUUACAGUCUGCUUCAAAAUGAUAACAUGAGAGAUGAUAGGAGAACGUCGAUGGAAGGGGAAAGGCUCAGUAACAACAGUGGUGGUAUCGUUGACGGAAACGGAAGCCGACCUCUUUCACAGAUCUCCAGUGAAAUGGAUACUAUCGGUCCACUUCAACCUGUUAAACAUCGUGAAAAGGCUAAACUCCAGAGGCCGUUAACAAGAUAUCUACCUAUAAAAUCCGAAUCCUUGGAUUUGAGGCAUCACAUUGAAACUGCCGGACAUCAGUUGCAGCUGAUAGAUGAUGUCACGGUUAAUACUACCAAUUGCAGUGGUUAUUUGUCAAAGAUGAGUAAAAAGUUUCAUCACUGGAACAAACGGUGGUUCGUUUUCGAUCGAAAGAGGAAAACCUUGACGUAUUACAGCGAUAGUAAUUCGAAAAAGGCACGAGGAGUUAUUUACUUUCAGUCAAUAGAAGAGGUCUACGUGGAUCACAUGAACACAGUUAAAUCACCACAACCAUCGUUAACCUUCAUCAUAAAAACUUCGUCAAGAUUGUAUCACUUGAUGGCACCUAGUCCAGAAGCUAUGAGAGUUUGGGUCGAUGUAGUUUUUACAGGAGCCGAAGGAUAUCACGAAUUUGAUCAUGGCGUUUGAAGAAAGACAAGAAAAUAAAAGACGAAACGCUUAUUAACAAUUAAUUUGUAUUUUUGAAAAAAAAGAAAAAAAAAGAGAAAAAGAUCUCUUUAGUAAAAAUCUCGAUCCUUCGAUUUGGGAUAAAAAAAAAAAAAAAACUGAGAAGAAGAAAAAUAG